AUGAAGCAUCAGAUAGAAAGUAUCACAAUUGAGACCAAAAAUUCAAAAUGGAGAUCGAAACGUUGGAAAAUAAUAGCUGGAGUGGCGGUACUUGCUGUGAUAGCAAUCGUGAUAGUAGCUGUAUUAUUAUCUAAGGGAAGUAAAAAAAUUGACGAAAAUGACGACGAUGUAGAGAAAAUACCAGAUGUUGAAAAAUAUCAACCACCAUCGUCGAGUAAACUUAGUAAAUUUAAACGCGGUGCAGUGUGUGUUGAUGAUGCUUAUUGCGCUGAAGUAGGAAGCAAAAUUUUAGAACGCAAUGGUUCCGCGAUUGAUGCGGCAAUCGCUGCGGCUCUCUGUAAUGGAAUGGCGAACAUGCAAAACAUGGGAUUAGGUGGUGCAUUCGUAAUGACAGUUUAUGACAAAGCUUCUAAAAAAGCUUACUACUUAAAUGCGCGAGAUCGAGCACCUAUGGCAGCCUUUGGAGAUAUGUAUAGAAAUAAAAGUAAAGGCGCAUCAUUUACUGGUCCACUAGCUGUAGCAGUUCCUGGAGAAAUUGCGGGUUAUUGGGCAGCACAUCAAAAGUUUGGUAGAUUGAAAUGGGCUGAAUUGUUUACUGACGCUAUUGCGAUGUGUGAAAAUGGAUGGAAACUAUCUAACGCUCAGUGGAGUGAUUUAUUUCAAAAUAAAGCCAGUAUUGAAAAUGACCCUACGUUGAGAUCUUUGUUUGUCAAUGAAACGACAAAAGAAUUCAAAAAACCAGGAAGUAUUAUCAAAGCUGACAAGCUUUGUAAAACAUACAAAGUGCUGGCUGAAAAAGGCGCAGGCGAAUUUUAUAAUGGAACGUUGGGACAAACUCUAAUUGAGGAUUUACGAAAACACGGUGGUAUUUUAACGAUGGAUGAUUUAAUUACUUACUCCGCAAAAUGGCAAGAGCCUUUGGAAACUGAACUGUCUGACGGUUUGAAAUUAUUUGCAUCGAAUUUUCCAACUAGCGGUGCGCUGCUUAUAUUUAUUAUGAACAUCUUUGAUGAAUUUAAAUUUAAUCCAAACAGCUUGAAUGGCGAUGAAAAUACUAUCAAAACAUAUCACAGAAUGAUUGAGACUUUUAAAUACGCUUUUGCUGUAAGAAGUAAAUUGGGUGAUCCUGAAUUUCAUAAUAUGACUGAGUUAGCGAAUAAUUUAACCUCGAGAGAUUAUGCUCGAGCUAUAAAAGCUAGAAUAAAUGACUCAAGAACGUGGAAUGAUACUGCUCAUUACGAAGGAGGUUCUCGGCUUCUUGAAGAUCAUGGCACUGCUCAAAUUUCAGUUGUGUCGCCUGAUGGUGAUGCUGUUUCAAUUACUAGCACUCUUAAUACCUUCUUCGGCAGUGGUUUAGUCAGCGAAAAUACUGGAAUUUUGCUCAACAGUGGUAUGGAUGAUUUUUCAAUUCCCUACAUAACUAAUUACUUCGAUUUACCUGGUAACGCAAAAGAAAAUUUAAUUGAACCUGGAAAAAGGCCUUUUUCAUCAAUGGUCCCGUCGGUUCUCGUGGAUCCUAAUGGUGACCUCCGUAUGGUAAUUGGUUCAUGCGGUGGUACUAAAAUAACGACAUCAGCAGCUUUCGUAAUGGCACGGACUCUAUGGAUGAACAAUACUAUCAAAGAAGCAAUUGACGCUCCAAGAAUCCAUCAUCAACUUUAUCCAAUGAAAGUUGGCUAUCAAUAUGGUGUAUUAAAAUCUGUAAUUGAAGGAUUGCAAAAGCUUGGACAUGAAACAGCACGGUACAGAGGUCGAGGCAGUGUCGUAUGUGCUAUUGAAAAAUUAAAUGGUUUGCUUUAUGGAAAUGCUGACUAUAGACGAAACGGAGGUGUUAGUGUAGCUGGCGACGAUGCUGUGUGUGCAGAAAUAGGAAAAUCAAUUUUGAAAAAAAAUGGAUCCGCGGUUGAUUCUGUUAUUGCAGCGUCUCUUUGCACCAGCCUUGGUUUCAUGCAGAGUAUGGGAAUCGGUGGCGGAUUAGUUAUGACAAUCUAUGACAAAGCUACGAAGAAAGUUUAUUAUUUAAAUGCACGAGAUCGAGCACCUCUGGGAGUUCAUAAAGAUAUAUACAAGGACAAAAGUGAAGCUUCAUUAGAAGGAGCACUUGCUGUGGCUGUUCCCGGAGAAAUUGCGGGUUAUUGGGCAGCACACCAAAGGUUUGGUAAGUUGCCAUGGGCAGAUUUGUUUACUGAUACAAUUGCACUGUGCGAAAAAGGAUGGAAGCUUUCGCAGAUACAGCUGAAUGAUUUAUUGAGAAAAGAAGAGUGUAUUAACAAGGAUCCUACAUUAAGAUCUUUGUUUGUCAAUGAAACGACAAAAGAAUUCAAAAAACCAGGAAAUUAUGCUCGAGCUAUAAAAGCUCGAAUAGAUGACUCAAGAACGUGGAACGAUGCUGCCCAUUACGAAGGCAGUACUUGGCUUCAUGAAGAUCACGGUACUUCUCAUUUAGUAGUUUUAUCUUCAACUGGAGAUGCAGUAUCACUUACGAGUACCAUCAAUACCCCUUUCGGCAGCUGUCUAGUAGGGGAGAAAACAGGAAUUUUAUUUAAUAACAACAUGGAUGAUUUUUCAAUCCCAACUGUAGUAAAUUAUUUUGGCUUACCAGGAAAUAGCAAACAAAAUUCAAUUCAACCUGGUAAGAGACCAUUGUCAUCAAUGGCACCUUCAAUUUUAGUAGAUAGCGAUGGAAAUGUUAAAAUGAUAAUUGCUGCAUCUGGUGGAACUAGAAUUAUCUCUUCCUUGGCUUGCGCAUUAGCACGAGUAUUAUGGAUGAACAAUACUAUAAAAGAAGCAAUUGACACUCCAAGACUUCACCAUCAGCUUUUACCUAUGAUGAUAAAUUAUGAGUUUGGUACAUCUAACUCUGUGAUUCAGGGGUUGAAAAAUUUAGGGCAUCAAGUCUCUCAAGAUAAUUAUCAAGCUUACAGUUUUGUAGCUGCUAUUUUUAAAUCAACUGAUUUUAUUUAUGCCAAUUCUGAUUUCAGGCGAAACGGCGAUGCUUGUGUUACAUACCCGUUA